AUGGUGAUACAAUCGACUUGCAGAACGCUACAAGCUUCGAAAAUAUUAUUUAGAAAGUAUGGUACGGCAGGAAAAUUGGUAAAUGUGGCAGUAAACGAUAAAACGGGGGUAGCCACAGUAACAAUGCAGAGGGCCCCCGUUAACAGCUUAAAUUUGGACUUAUUAAACGAUUUAUCGACCACUUUAACCCAAUUGGAAAAUAACAAGUGCCGAGGUAUGAUAUUGACUUCAUUCUCCAACAGUGUGUUUUCGGCUGGUUUGGAUAUAAUGGAAAUGUAUAGGCCGGAUGCAGAUAGGGCAAGAAGCUUCUGGACAACGCUUCAAGAAACCUGGAUUAAAUUGUACGGAACAUCUUUUCCAACAGUGGCUGCAAUUAACGGGCAUGCUCCAGCAGGUGGUUGCUUAUUGGCAAUGAGCUGUGAAUACAGAAUUAUGCUCAAUAAUUUUACGAUUGGCCUUAACGAAACACAAUUAGGAAUAGUCGCACCAACAUGGUUUAUUGCUACCAUGAAAAAUACCAUUGGAUUCAGACAGACUGAAUUGGCUUUAACACAAGGCAAAUUAUUUACCACAAAUGAUGCAAUGAAGAUUGGUUUGGUUGAUGAAUUGGCUGACAGUAAAGAAGAUGCUCUUGCUAAGGCUGAAUCAUUCUUAUCUAAAUUUGCCAGAAUACCCCCAAUGGCAAGAAUUCUUACAAAACAAUCUGUUAGAGGAAAGGAUAUACAAGAUCUUAUUCAAAAUCAAGAAAGGGACCUUAACGUUUUUAUGGAUACUAUUACCAAUGACCAAGUACAAAAAAGUCUACAAAUGUAUGUUGAAGCACUUAAAAAGAAAAAGGCUUAA